AAAUGGCCAUGAUGACAGUCAUUUUCUUCUGGGCAGCAUACAAGACCAAUUUUUUUCCUCGUGUAUUUGGGGUUUCAACUCUUGAAGCAACAGCUCAUGAUGACUUCAGGAAGCUUGCAUCGGCAAUAUACCUGCAAGUGAGUAUCAUCAGUCAGGCCCUAAUAUUUGUGACACGUUCUAGGAGUUGGUCUUUCGUUGAACGUCCUGGCCUUUUGCUAGUGGUGGCUUUUGUUGUUGCUCAGUUGGUUGCUACACUGAUUGCUGUUUAUGCAAACUGGAGUUUUGCUGAAAUUGAAGGGAUUGGAUGGGGUUGGGCUGGUGUGAUUUGGCUUUACAACAUCAUAACUUACAUCCCCCUUGAUUUUAUAAAGUUCAUUAUCCGAUAUGCAAUAAGUGGAAAAGCUUGGGAUCUAGUUAUCGAGCAAAGGAUUGCUUUCACGAGGAAAAAGGAUUUUGGGAAGGAAGAACGGGAACUUAAAUGGGCACAUGCACAGAGGACCCUCCAUGGGCUGCAACCUCCCGAGUCCAAGACAUUGUUUGGUGAUCGCAGUAAUUUCAAUGAUCUUAAUCAGAUGGCUGAAGAGGCAAAAAGACGAGCAGAGAUUGCAAGGUUGAGAGAACUGCAUACACUGAAAGGUCAUGUUGAAUCAGUUGUGAAGUUGAAGGGACUAGACAUUGAUACAAUUCAGCAAUCAUACACUGUUUGAGGGGAGAUGAACCAUUUUUAUUUAUGGUAUAUAUAUAUACAUCUGGUGGUGCUGAGUGUGAAGAUCUCCAAAUUGGGAUCCAAUUGACCAUCAUCCACCGGCAUCCUUUUUUUUUUUUGUCAAUCACCCAAUUGAAGGUGUAACCCCCUAUACUUUCUAUAUGUGCACCCUGCCUUAAUGCCAGGCAUUUUCAGUUGCUGCUCUGC